UCGUUUGUUUAUGCGUCAACCAUCGAAGCAAACACACUCAAUCCCGCUCCAGUCACUGCCCUCUGCUUCGAUCCGUUUGAAGAACUUCUGUGGUGCGGGAGUUGUACAGGCCGUAUUGUUUCCUACUAUGCACCAUCUUUCGAACGAUAUACUGCCGUAUGCGCUACAGCAGCUGAUAUUCGAGCAAUGGAAGUCACUGAAAUGAUGGUCUUGUCUCUUUCUCCUAAUGAACUCAAAGCGAACACUCGUCAUGGUCUUGUCGCGUUUUCUUCACAGUCCAUGCAGAAUCUCAACUCCAUGCGAGUACUGCCUGGCACUUCCUCUUUGUUUAUGGGUGGUGAUAGUACUAAGCUAAUUCAGCUGGACCUGGAGAAACAAAAAGAAAUCCGCAAUGCCAAUCUGAUAAGAUUCAACGGAUCACAAUUAUUUACUGCUGAUACGGAAGGGAAAGUGCUACUAUGCUGUUGUAGAUUACUCUCACACGGCGGUGUAAUAACAGAUUUUGACGUUAACGGUAACAAACUGAUAACGUCGGGGUGUUCUAUAAGGUUAGCUUGUUGCUUGGUGUACCACACGGCGAUCCAUUUCUCUCGCUUCCAACGUUCUGUGACUCGCACGGGCCAAGGACUAAUAAUGUUCUUGAAUGAAAGGAAUGCUGGAAUUCCUAUGUUUAUCGGUGCUGGUGGGUACCAUCUUACUGCCUUCGAUUUCUCUACAACUAAGCAGUACCUCGCAUUUGGAGAUGAAAUCGGUAAGGUUGGGAAGGUAUUUGAUCGUGCAAACCCGGCCAUCAACGAGUCGUCGUAUGAAACCGACUUCGCCGAUCCAUCACUUGGACCUCCUCAGUCAUUUCUUAUUGACGACACGCAUACACCGCUUGCCGCCAUACCUCUUCCGUUCUCUUGCGACGAUACGUAUUUCUCUGACUGGCCGGCCGAAUUAUGUCAAAAUGUGUACAGGUGCAUGAAAGGAUUUUCUGGUAAGAUAGUUUUAUUCGUUCAUACCAAACAAUUAUCUAACUUGUGUAACAUUGUGUUGUUACAGUUGCUAUUUCACAUUACUGCUUUACGCAAUCUCUUUCUUUCGCAUAUCUGUGAGGAAGAGCAUUGUAUAGUCUGUCAGUUGGGUUUCGUUUCUAGGAUGAUCAGUGAUAAAUGCAAGUUGAAGGAAACAGCUGCUGUAAGUUGUUUCGUAAAGAAAGUGUUUCAUAGAUAUUCUCCAACUCGUAUCCAGUUUUUAGCAAGAAGUCAACUUCAUAAACUUGCUCCUGUGCUGCUUAUCGAUACUAAUCCAACAAGUCCAAGGUUUGUUGAGUUCUGGGAAAAACAACUUAAGUGUUCGCCAUGUCGCUAUGGAGUUAAUUGCCGAAAUAGGUCAUAUUGUAAAUACUCACAUGGGACGGUGGAUUGGGAUUUGGAAUGUGCUACUUGGCUUGAAGACACAGGAUGUGACGACUGGAAGCAUUUUGUUACACCAUCGUUUCGUAAUGCCUUAGAAUGCCUAGUGUUACUGAUGGAACCCUUUAGGAAUUUGCCAUGGUGUUUGUUCAAUGAUGUUCUGAUUACUCGUAUUCAUACAGACGAAGCGCUUCAUAUGGACUCUCGGUGGAAAAUUCCAUUGAUUCUUUGCUAUGCUAACGAGAAGUCUGGUUUGAUGAAAGGUAAAAAUUAUUCGAUCUUAUUUUCAAUGUGUUUUUUCCAAACCGAUAGUAAUCUCACCGGAAAUGAUGAUGUGGCUCGUAUUCGAAGGUGUAUGGAAAUUCCGGGUGAAGGCGAAUAUGUCGGAAUAGAUGCGGAAUUUAUAAACAUCAUUCGUUACUUGCAGGAACACGAGCGUAAGUCGGUGGGAAGAGUUAGUUGCGUUGACUCAACAGGUGAACAGAUCCUCAUUGACGACUAUGUGGUAACUUGCGAAGGUGAUGUCGUCGAUGAUUAUCUCACGCAGUACAGUGGAAUAAUGGAAGACGACCUUAAUCCAAACAAGUCUACAAAACACCUUACGACGCUGAAACGUGUCUACAUGAAAGUGCUGCAUCUGGUAGAGCGAGGAUGCAUUUUCGUCGGCCAUGCUCUUGUCAAUGACUUCUCUGCUCUAAACAUCCAUGUGCCGGUAAAACAAAUGAUAGACACGGUUGAAUUGUUUCGAGUUCCACAGCAGCGUCUCUUCUCAUUGCAGUUUCUAGCUUGGCAUCUUCUGGGUUUGAUUUAA